GAUGCCAGGCUUGGAGUGAGUUGGAUUAGCAAGCUGAUUUAACUGAAAACUAACAGAAGAAAAAAGAAGGGUGAAAGUUUGGAUUGUCCCUUUGUUGGCAGCCUUUAGAUCUACUUAAGCCAACUGCAAGCCUGCAGGUUCAGCGUGUCUUCCUAAGAUAACCAAUUGGAUACUGGGCAAACAAACAAAAAGAGUAAUCAGACUCCACUGACCUGUUUAACCCUGAAUGUGAAGGAUGAAAAGCAGCAACCGGUUUCUGUGGAGCAGGGCUUCUGAUGGCACUUGCUUCUUUCCUUUUGGACUAUGUUGACAUAAAAACAUCGAGAUACUGACUUGAUAAUGUUGUGAGUUUACACCCACCAGACUGUGUUCCAUCACUUUUUGAAGCAGCAGCUUUGGUAAUGCACUGCUAACAUGGCUGAACAAAGGCAACGUGCUUUGUCAACAUCGGGGGAAGCAUUAUAUGGAAUCCUGGCUCUAGAAAAGGGAGCAACACAUGACGAGAUUAAGAAGUCCUACAGAAAAUUGGCUCUGAAAUAUCAUCCUGACAAGAAUCCUGACAAUCCAGAGGCUGCAGAAAAAUUUAAGGAGAUCAACAGUGCUCAUGCAACACUGACUGAUCUGGCCAAGAGAAACAUAUAUGACAAGUAUGGAUCAUUAGGGCUCUAUGUGGCUGAACAGUUCGGUGAAGAAAAUGUUAACACGUACUUCAUGCUCUCUAGCUGGUGGGCAAAGGGCCUGUUUGCAGUCUGUGGCCUGUUGACGGGCUGUUACUUUUGCUGCUGCCUCUGCUGCUGUUUCAACUGCUGCUGUGGAAAAUGUAAACCCAAAGCACCGGAAGGGGAAGAGCGUGAGUUUUGUGUGUCUCCGGAGGAUCUGGAAGAGCAAAUUAAGACUGACAUGGAAAGAGAUGGAGAAGCUCCUAUUGUGCUUCAGCCGACUAACGCAACUGAGAAGACCCAGCUCAUCGGGGACAGCCAUCGGAGCUACUGCACAGACUCCUAGAGGGGGGCAAGCGCAAACUGAUGGCGCUUCCCAGUGAGUGCCACAGUGAGCUAAGAGAUGUGAAAAGCUCUGUAGCCUAUAUUUGUAUUUGCAUUUUAAACUAAGCAGGAAAACCUGAAAGUAAUUUCCUAUCAAGGCUGAAUCCCCGUGUAAUCCACUUUACAUAGGUUCGUAUCUAUAUUCUGCAAGGAGAUACUUACAGUCAGUGCAGUGCUGUAUGGACCAGCAUCCUGGCCUCCCAUUGCUCAGCAUGUCCUGUCCCUAGUAAUACUCCCUUUGAUAUGAUUCCUCCUUGCCUGCCCCAGCCCAGCCAGGCCAGGCCCCCAGGCCCUCUCUGCACGCCCCAGCUCCGUCACUCCCUGCCCACGAAAGCUCCUCAUUUGCAGCAGUUUUGCUGGCUAUGAAAUAUCCCUGUGAGGGAGGUACGGAGAUGCUUUUUAGCAGACCUCAAAGGAAAAGUCGGUAGCAGGGUGGAUGGAGCUGCCUUUGCAAAAGAGGAAGCGCUCCUUGGAAAGCAGUUAGAGGCUUGCUGGGGCCAAACCCUGGCAAUUAUAAAUGCAAGUCAGAGUGCAGUACUCCAGGAUGGGUCUCUUGGUGGAUAAAAUGCAGAUCUCCAAAUCUAGGAGACCCAUCCAGCCCCGGAAACGCAUGUAUGCUCUGUGCACGCACACAGGACGGUGUCUGCACAGGUUGCAGAACUGGGAGAUGGUGGGCAGAGGUGCCGUGAAGGCGGAGGUGGGGGGUGGGCUGCACCAGAGGAGCCACCCCGGGAGCCUCUCCUCUCCCCCACGCAGCCGGAGACGGUCCCAUGGCGAAGCCCUCCCGUCCUUGCCGCCCCUUGCCCAGGCCAGGCAGCCCGGGCUUUUCUGACUGCACCUGCAAUGUGCUGCAAACUGAUCCCCAGCCAACACGUUCCCGCCAACUUGCUUGUUCGGCUGCGGGCCUGGCUGCUUUCCCAGCCGCCCCGCUGACACCGGGAUGGGAGCCACGGCGCUCCGGCUGCGCCUGGCCCGCCAGAGCGGCCAGGACUUGGCAGGGAAGGGACGCAGCGGGAAGAGCGACUGUCCUCUUCAGAGUCCUUUUCUUAAGUGCGAGUCCAGGGCUUCCCCUCUCCCCCAGGCACAGGGCUUUAAGAGCACACCGCACAAUCUUUAAAAAAUAGGCAGGGAUGAGAAGCAUGUUAAACAGCAUAUCCAUGAAUACACAAAAUGCUCAGUUUUGAGCAAAAAUGUGGUGGUUGCUUGUGUCCUUAAAAUUAAUCAGGUGUGCCUCCACGCAAGUCAGUGGAAUUACAUGUGGAUACAGCUAAAGUAAGCAUAAAGAAAUUAGGCCCUUCAUUUGCAAGAGCUAAAUGCAUACUUCUGAGAUCUUAAACUUAGCGCUUUAUGGGUUUGACAUGGCAGAGACAGCUGAAGUUCUCUGUAUUGAUUAUGUUACAUCAAUCAUUGUCAGUUCUGUACAUUUGCUAUUUUUGUUCUUCUAGUCACAGUGCUGCAGUCCAAAGGGGGAUGUAAUGUACCACUGAAUUAUAUACACCAGAGAAUAUAUUGUUAGUCAAAAGUGUAAUUCUUUUCUUUAAAAUUGUAUUCUGUGGUUGCGAAACAUUAUUGUCUUCCUCCUGUUCUCACCUUUCGCAUCAAAUGUCAUUCAGUGGCAGCUAAAUGUAUGAGAAAUCAAUGUGUUUUAUAGCACUAGCUAUAACUCCAAAGUUAAGAAAUGCUACUUCUAACCCUUCUUUAAAGUUCCUAUAAUGCAUGGAUAUUUUAAAAGCCAUUGAUACCAAGUUAUAUAUCUGUUCUCCUGGCACAGGCAUUAGGGCCAGCUAAUGCUCCUGUUAUCCUUGGAAACAGCCCUAUUUUUGCUUCAGCAGGAAGAGGAGAAGGCCUGAAACCAUGAGACGCUCUUUGACCUUGCCCUCCCUCGCCCCUGCCGCAGUGCCCACUAGUCCCCCCUGUGCAGCCCAGUGCCACCGUCCUGCCUGCUUAGCACCUGGAGCCGUGGCCCGGAGGAGGGCAGGCUCAGUGGCACCACCCUGCUGCUAACGAAACCAGACCCUGGCAGUAGCCUGAUGCCACAAGUCUUCUCGUCAGGCUUCUUAUGCAUUGGGCUGCCAGUAACACCAGCCAUCUGUGUGCCCGUGGGCAGGGCACAGCCCACUAGUUACAUACGGUACAGGCACCAGCACCCACUCGCCCUAACACACACAUCUUUUAGCUUUAUUUGCUAUUGCCUUUUGCAUGGUGUUAAUUCUGGUAUAAGAUGUUACCACUACACCGUGGAGUAGAGAGAGUAUGUGGUACAUAAUACAGUAUGCAGGAUAAGGGAUUCCUAAGUUUCACUGUCUGGUAAAGAAAUCUGCUGUGAAAGUGUGCAAAUGCUGCCUAGUGACUAUUUCCAGCAGAGGUGUCCAAAGAUUACUGAAACCAAGGAAAUGAUUUCCAUUGGCUUGAGUCGUAUCCUGAGUCCUGUGGUUCUUUUCCACUUUUUCUAAAUGAUGGAUUUUUCUUAGGAAAGAUUUAGGACUUGAUCUUGCAGCAUGAUGCAAAUACAGGCAAGCUGCUGCAUGUUUGCAAAGCUUUUUCACUGCAAUGAGGAUCUUUACAGAUAAACCAGAAUACAUUAUGUCGGUUAGCCAAAAACCUCAAAACUGAACCAAUGACCAAGCCUCUGGAUAGGAUCUUCGGUAUUUGCAACUUAAAAAUCUGUGUGUCUGAACCCAUGGUUUUAUUCCAACACGGCAACUUAGUUUUCGGAGCACCAGAAUAUUUGCCACGCUCACAGCUGUCAGGGUCAGCUGUUCUGAGGACACAUGGAAAAAGGACAAGUAAGGAUUUCAGAACUUAGCUCUUCAAUGUGAUUUUACUCAUUCGUUUGCUUUUCAGCAAAGUUCCUAGAGUCAACAAUUUAUGCCUACCUGUUUCUGUGUAAAGUUCAGUUGCGCUCCCAUUAAUCUUGUCGAAGUGUAUGGUUCCUCACAUUUUUAUUCUGUUCUGCUACAUUUAUUUAUAUGUAAAGCACUAUAUAUUCAAAUUUACGUUUGCUGUCAAACAAUAAAAGGUCUGACUAAUAA